AUGGUCAAAGAGGUCUCGUCCGCCUCCGAGUUCGACUCGGAGCUCAGCGCGGCCGGCUCCAAGCUCGUCGUUGUCGACUUCCACGCCACCUGGUGCGGACCGUGCAAAGUAAUCGCCCCCAUCUUCCAACGACUUGCGUCUCAGUACACUAGCGUCGUCUUCCUCAAAGUCGAUGUCGACCGCGUUCAGCCAGUCGCACAACGAUACAGUGUCCGUGCCAUGCCAACAUUCCUGUUCCUCAAGAACAAAAGCGUCGUCGACACGCUUCAGGGCGCUGACCCCAACCGACUCACUGCACUUGUCAAGCAGCACUCUUCCGGUGCAUCUUCGGCCUUCUCUGGUUCCGGCCAGACUCUCUCCGGAGGUAGCAGCGGCUCUUCGUCCAACUCGUUCGAGCCGAAACGAUCUUCAGCGCUGAACGAGAAGCCCGAUCACCGACUGCAAGACAUUCUGGCCGGUCCGAGCGGCAGCAAGUGGCUCGAGAGCGAUGCAGACGAGCAGCUUCUUAUCCAUCUCACUUUCAAGCAGCAAGUCAAGCUGUCAGGGAUCUUGCUCCGUACGCUGCCAUCGCAACUGGCUCAUGCACCCAAGCAAGUCAAAAUCUUUGUCAAUCGACCCGGUCUCAGCUUUGACGAUGCUACCGACGAGAAAGGUGACCAAGAAGCCGACUUCUCUGAGGAGCAUGUACGCGGCGGUGAAAACGGCGGAGGCGGAAAAGCGCUGUCCCUGCGCUUUGUCAAGUUUCAGAAGGUCGACUCCAUCACCAUCGCCGUACUAUCGAAUCAAGGCGACGCAGAAACCACACGCAUCGACGCCAUCGACGUCUUUGGUAUCGCCGACCAGGCCACUGAUAUGAGCGAACUGCAAAAGAUCGCUGCCGAGGGCGAGGCCCGCGACCUGGACGUUCGUACCGCAUCCAGGACUGGCCUGAAGGGUGGCAGCUCGUCUCACGGCGGAGUCAGGUCGGGAUUCAGCGGACCGAGGAGCUCCUCGAUCCCCGACAUCUCAACGCCGACCGAACGACCCGCUCGUCACAAUCGAUCUCAUUCGACAUCCAGUCUCAACCCUCCCAUGCCGAGAUACAGGCGAACGGCCUCGUCGCACUCGGCGCCUCCGAUGCAGCACGUAGAUGAGGAAGAUGAAGACGGCUUUGCCGAUGACCAAGACUUUGGCAGGCAUGGUCAGCAACAGAUGGGCUUUGUCCCGCAAGCGCCGCCGUCCAUGACGGAAGAGGAACAGGCAGAAUUCGAGGCAGCUCAGAAGGCCGCAGCCGACACACUUGGAGGCUGGCACUACGCUCCACUCGCUGUAGCGCUGGCACCUCCGCUCGGCGCACUUCUCGGCGGACAUUCCGAUGCCUGGUCCGAUGCCAUCCUGCUCAUCCUCGCCAGCUUCUGGCUCUACCAAUUCCUUCGAGUACCGUGGGAGAUCUACUACGCUUCCAGGACUCGAAGCAUUCUCACGCACGACCAGGAUGAGGACGAAAUCGAAUUCGCCGAGCAGGAUCCCUCUGCCGACUCGUUUUCUUCGACAGCAAAGCCUUCCGAGACAGCCGAGCAAAAGGAGGCUCGCCGCGCAGCUGCCGCCGAGCUUCGACGCUCCGAGCUGCUCAGUCUUGCGUUCUGCGUUCUGAGCCCCAUCAUGGGCGCCUACAUGCUUCACUGGAUGCGCGAGACCAUGACCGAUGGCAACAAGUACCUCAACACUUUCAACAUUCGUCUCUUCACUCUCGCUGCCGGAAUCAAGCCGUGGUCGCACGCCAUGAGCCUCGUCCGUCGAAGGAUGCUGCAUCUGCAAGAAGAGGUCCACCACCCGUCAUCCAAGGUCGAGAAGAUGAACCAGCGUCUUCGUCGCCUCGAAGCCGACCUUUCGAGUCUACGCAAGCUGUACGCGACCAAGAACGAACUUCGUCUGCUGCGCGAGCACGACGCUCAGCUCGGUCGAGCGGUGCGUCGCUCCGAGAGGAAGGAGGAGCAUCUCAGGCUGUCUGCCGAGGAGAAGUUCAGCAUCGUGGAAGGCAGACUCGAAGAUCUGCUUCGCGAGGUGGCGAUCAAUGCGGAGCUGAUCGAAGAGGAGCGUAGGGAAAGGGAACGGGCUGCAAGCCUGCGCAUCUCGUUGUUCGAGGCGGUCAAGUAUCUUUUGGGUUCCGGGAUCACGAUUCGUCGUGCCAGCCCGAAGCAUUAUCUUCACGACAUGCCUCGCAGCCUUCCGACCACCGCGUCUCUGGGAAUUGGUGCCAUGUCACCGGAGGCUGAGGUCAGCUUUGACACGCACAUGUCAGCUGCACCUUUGCCUUAUCCUGGACAAAACUUUAGCUCGACAGGACCAGCCCGGAGCAUCUCUAGCGUCGCCCGAGAAAAGUCACCUUCUGCGACCAAAGGUCAAGCGGGCUUCCAGAAUGAGAAGGCCUCUUCUGCAAAUGCCGCCUCUCGCACCUCGCUGCCGGCCAAUACCGGUGCUGUCGUACCCUCCCUUCGCCCACGAAACAUCGCCCACCACGUCUCUGACCCCUGGUGGGAGCGCGGCCUGGCGUUCUACCUCUUCCUGCCUCUCAACGUCUCGAGCGCCGCCGUGCGCUUUGCCGGCGAAAAGGUCAAACACAUCAUGGAGGAUUCCGAGAAUGAGGCGGCUAGGAACCAGAGGAAAACUCUGCAGUACCAAAAGCACCUCGCCGAUCAGCAGCUUCAGCAGCACCAACGCAAGAUUUCCCAGCAACAGCAACAGCAGCAGCAGGUGCUCAGCCCAACGCGAAGUGCUCCAACGAUCAAGGUCGCUCCUGCCCCGGUGGGCAAUCGAUCGCGUUGA